UAGCUACAGACAGCAGCACGAAGAACCAACCACACUGGGGAUGGUUUCCUAAUUUCUUUUAAAAUAAAUCUAUAUUCAUAUUAUAUCUCAACAAAAUGAAGUUUCCUUUCUCAUAGCUUCGUGAGGAUAUGAUGAGGAGAAGGUGUCCAAUGCUGCAUUAGUGGAAUAGUGACAUGCUGGCCUGUUUGCCAGCAUCAGGUGACCCUACCAUUAGACUUCUCCCCCGCACUCAGAUGAACACUGGACUUCAGAAAUGGGAAACUACACAGAAGAUGAGAUCUGCGAGCUAUCCAACCCCAGCCGAGUUGGAUGCAUAUGCUAAGAAAAUUGCCAACAACCCUUUGACCAUUCAGAUCUUCCCCAACAGUGUCAAAGUACCUCAAAGGAAGCACAUACGGCGCACAGUCAACGGACUUGACACAUCCUCAUCAACCCAGCGCCACAGUCCCUACCCUUCUCAGGUCAGCACCAGUGGGGGCCUGUUGGCUGUCCUUCGUGCACCUGUCAAAGGUAUAAAAAAAGAAUCAGACAGUAGCCGCACCCGACAACAACUUAAGCCAGUCAUGAACCCUCAAACUGGCCCAUAUGCCGCUCAAAGCACUUUAAAUCUUCCUCAUCCUGCUGCUCCUCACCUACCAGGUCCCUCCCAGGCCCCAGCCCAAAAGCAGGGUUUGGUUCACUCACAAGCGUUACAGCAGCAGCAAAGUAUGACUCAUCCAAUGGCUUUACAGCAGCAUCAACCACAGGCUUUACAGCAAAGGAACGUGGCUCAUUCACAAGCUUUACAACGGCAGCAGAGUUUGCCCCAGGUUCAGACAACACAGCAACAAAGAUUGGCUCAUCCACAAGGUAUACAGAGGCAGCAGAGCCUGCCACACAAUCAGGCUCUGCAGCAACAGCAAGGCCAGUCUUGUCCAUCAGUAGUACCACAACAGCAUCUUUCCCAUCUGCAGACACUAAAACAUCAGAUGGCUCUUCCACAAGCUUUACUUACACAGCAGGGAGUGACUCAGGAUCUGCGCCACAUAUCUGAUGGAGCUCAGCUUUCAAGUCUGCAGCACACCCAAGGACUAGCUGGCUCACAGGCCCUUUCACAGGUUGUGACUACUGGUCCUCCUACCAUGUCUAAUAGCCUCCAGCAGCCCCCACCUGGACAGUAUGGGCCACGGAAGCUCCCAGAUGCAGAUGCUCCACCAAAUGUAACAGUAUCUACCUCCACCAUCCCACUGUCCAUGGCUGCCAGCUUGCAUCAGAACCGACCGGGUGACUUGAGCAACAUUGUGCACCAAAUCAACCAGUUGUGCCAGGCUCGGGCUGGCAUGGGCACCACCUCAGUCUGUGAGGGCCAGAUUGCAAACCCCAGCCCCAUCAGCCGAAAUCUGUUGAUCAACGCUAGCUCCAGGGUUUCCUCUCAUCACCCAGCUUUGGGCAAUGCCUCCAGCUGCCUCAUGGUGGGACACUCAGACAAAGCUAUAGUUCAGACCCCCAGUGCUACGCUCCACUCACAGUCCAAUAUUGCUGCUACUAAUAGUAUAGCUGCAUUUCACACAGACAGUGAGAAGGCUCAGCUGCAGCAACAGCAGCAGCUUCAGCAGCAUUUACAUCAGCAGAAAAAACAGCAGCAGCAUCAACACUUCCAGCAGCAACAUUUACAACAGCUACAGCAGCUGCAGCAACAACGCUCAUGGGCCCAGCAUCAACUGGCACAUAUGCAGCAGCCCCCUGAGGGGGCCCACCCCUGCAAAAACCCAAGGAUGGAGCAUCCAACUGAGUGUGCGUUCCCUUCUAGAAACCUUAGCUAUCCCCACAAGCAACCUAACACUGCUCAAGGCUUUCCUCUAAAACACCCUGCAGAGAAACCACAACCUGCCUCUCCUGUGAACUGCCCAGUUGGUUCUAUGCCUUACAUUAAUGGCCACUACAUGCAGCCACCAUGGAGCAGCAUCCCAACCACAGCAGGUAACAAUGGAUCUGGUCCUCAGGACCUCCCAGUGGUUUUCCAGGGAGGACAGGCUGCUGCCUCUACCAACCGCAUCUCGGGGGCAAAGUACAGACCAAGGAAAGAGGGAACCGCUGGUCAGUCAAAGUUGACGCAGAGCGUGGAUUUCUUGGGUGGAGACUUCCAAAUGCCUGGUUUUCAGGAGCAGAACAUGGAUGUGAUAGAAAAGAUCCACAGGUCAGCAGUGGGCCAAAUGCAAGAGACCAGCAACCGAGGACGUGUCCACGGUCAUCACCCAGGCUACCAUUAACGUGUGCAUUUAUCCCUUCUUAGUGUUUUUGAGUGUUUUAAAUCAGCACUUUGAGCUUCUGUGUUUUAUUCUUUAAGAUCUCACAAGUGAUCACUUCGAUUUUAUUGCUUUAGAGCUUAAUUUUGAGACCCACGGGGUUGCAAUGUUUCUUAGUAUUCCUCAGGUUUUAAGCCAUGUUGUACCUUUUGUUGAAGAUUGAGGUUUUGAGAUUGUUGUCAGCUCGUCAUCACUGGCAUAGAUGUGCUGCUGUGUCUUCCUGUAUAAUUGGGUGGUGUAAAAUUUUCAUUUGCAGCUGAGUGUAUUCUUGCCUCAUGAUUGUCACAGUGCUUUUCAUAGGUUGACAUGGAGCAAAUCAACUGUUAUCAGCAUUUGUGGCCUUACAACUGCCCAAAGGCAAGCUUUAGGAUGUCCUUGUGUAAUUUUUCUAUUGCAAAUUACUUAUGCUCUUUACAGGCUGUGAUCCAUUUUUAAAAGAAGGUGACAUGGAUAUGCAAUUACUCUUAGUAAGGUUUAAGUCUAAGUAACUCCUUUUUGUAGUUGAGGUAUCCACUUAUGGACAGUGUAAAGUGUGAGCCAUGAGUCAUCUGGAAUACAAACAUGGCUUCUAAACUGCAUCAUCAGUGGUCUUGGUAGGUCUUGCUUCAUUCUCAUUUUCUGAGAUUCAUAUUGUUUAGAAGCGCCCUCUUUUCUGUAAUAUUUCAAGAGUUGCUUUUUAAGUAGUUAUUUUAUAUAUUUUUUGUUGUAUAUCUGUAGAUCGUCCUACUUGAAUUGUAGAAGUUACUUGUAAAUGUUAUGCUUAACAUUUGGCACAAGGAGCAGAAACUCCAUUAGCCAAUAUUUGUCUAUAGCUAAUGUGAAACAGAAUAGCAUCCCAUCGUAAUGAAAAUGGUGUGUGUGUGUGUGUCUGUAUGUGAAAAGAAAAUGACUUGCAAGCUUGCAAGUACUUCAAAUAACACAAGCAGGGAAAAUGCUUAAUUUUCCUUUCAACACAUUGUAUCACCACUGUACUACUGUAAUGCAACUGAGCUGAUGUGGUGUGGACAUUUUCUGUGUGGCUUGUCAUGGGCAUCAUCUAAUCACUGGCAUCAUGUUUUUUUAUUGUACCUUAAAAGAAACAAGAACAUGUAACACAGGAUAUUAUUUGCUAGAUGUAUCUAGCAUGAAGCUCCAGACCUUUCUUCUCUUGCUCAUUUUUUUUUCUUUGUUUUGUGGGAAUAGGUUGCUUUCCGUUUUCAAGCAUUUUGGAAAAAGCCUUAAAUGCCACAACUGAUACUUCCUCAUAUAAUUGAGUUUCUUUGCAAAGAUCCCAACAUAAGUAUAGCUUAAUUGCGAGAGUACCUUUUUCCAGAGCUUGUGAACUACUCUUGGUUCAUUUGGCAGUGUUAAAACAGAUAGUGGGAAUUUAUGAUCUUGCCUUAAUGGACAUGUGCUAUUGCUUCUCAUGCCAGUUGAUAAAUCACUUUUCCUACUGACUUUAAUGUUGGAUAUCUAUCAAUGAUUAAAGAUGGUUUAAAAAAUCAUAGUAUUUAGAAUUUGAAUAUGUAUUUAGAUCAGGGCUGUAGCAGUUAUUGUAAUGUGUUUGAAUUGUGUUUUAGUUAUGUUUCAUCCUGGUAUAGUUUAACUUAUUUUUCUUUCCUCAGACCAUUGCAUCCUGAAGCCAUAGGUGUUGUCACAUUAGAUGGUGACACAUUGACAGACUGUUUAACCUGAUGGUCUGCUUUCAAAGGCAUAAGAAGUUUGCAUGCAUGCUUUAAUCUAAACACUUUUUUCCUUUCUGAAUUGUUCUCAGCACAGUACAGCUAAAAGGGAGAAAGGAGUGCAAGAUGAGGCAUCGUCUUCAUAGACAGCCGAGAUGUAAGCUGUAGCUGAUUUGGAGUUUGGUCUUCAUACUUGAUGCCAGUUUAUUUUUCUUUUCCUGGCUAUUAUUUUUGAUGUGCCUGUCCCUUGAAGCUGCUAUUGAACUUAAUCAACACACUAUAAUUUGCGUGUGUCUCUAGAAAUAAUAACAAUAUGUGGGCUGUACCAGUGUAACAAGUUCCUAUUUAUUUAAUGAGCGCACGGCAAAAAUUCCCACCAGUCGCACCAAAAUGUUUGGCUGUUUGUAUAUUCUCCGAGCCAUAUUUGGAGAUUAUUCUGUAAAAAAUGACUGACAUAUUCUAAACGGCAGAUCGGAUUUCAUUUGACCCACUGUGGCCUAAAGACCUUCCAAGCCUGUUUGGGUUUCUAAAUAUUAAAUCAAAUGACUGAAAACACUAGUUAGACAGAGCUGUCUUGUUAAUGAUGAACUGCCUCUUUACAGCCCGACACAGUCAGGUUCUACAGUUUCAUAUGAAGUGCCUCCACUGGGCUUGGUAUGGAGAAGUGUGUGAAUGGAUGCUUGUGCGGAUGUAUGUUAAGCUUGGGUACUUGCACACAGGUGUGCAUGCUGACAAAGGUGCACAAAGUUAAUCUCUGCUGGUGGACCAAGCUACUUAGUGUAACUACUGAUACUGUGUCAUGGACUGAAGUCCUGAAGUGUGCCACGAUUCCUUGACACUGUCGGGAAAUGUGUCAACUGCUGCUGACUCACUGACCAAAGUGACCAAGCUUUCCCCUCUGACCACCCUGGCUAAACGCAAUGGCAAGCUUGUACUUGGAACUUGUGUCCUAAUAGUAAUAAGAAACAAUCUGGUAACGACAGAGAGCUGCUGCCCUCAUGUUUUGUUUUUUUUUUGUUUGUUUGUUUUUUUUUUUGACAGUUUAAGGAAAUCUUGUGAAGUAAAAUGCAAAGAUGUGAACCGAGCAUUAAAAAAAAAAAAUCUAGAGUGAGUGAUUCCUCACUUUUCUUUUCUCCAGGUAGUAUCCUGAUGCUGUGCUUCUAACCACACCCUUGUGUUAGUGUUUAUGCACUGUAAGAAUCUAAUCUACUGAAGCACAUUGUAGCUUAUCAUGCAGGUUGACGCAGAUUAAAUAUGAAAUGAGGAAACGGGAAUGAAACAACCCUCUAGAUUUAUUUUUUGCUCUGAUUGUUCUUGAUUAUAUGAUACAACCCUGUUGUGAAAGGUGGUGGAGGGGACUUAAUUUCUCUACUUUGUGAAAAUGUGAUAUUCCAGUUUUGCCUAACCUUCAGGAAUAAAAUGUCUUGCACAAACAUUCCCCCUAACCAAAAUAAAGUUUGCAAACACAAA